GGAUUUUCGAUUGGAUCACAUGUUGUUAGGUUGGCUGCGUGAAUGGAGUGCUUCGUUAUUCUCAAGUGACGAUAACGAAACCACUCCAUAUCUCCAAUAUGUUUUGCUUUUCCAAGCCGGCGUCAGUGCUGUGGAACUUUAUCUAGAUUGGAGACAGCGCAAGUGUUAUGAGUUGAAAUACAUUCCCAAAGAAUUAGAAAAACAAGUGAAACCAGAAAAAUUUCAAAAAGCUCAGAAUUAUGGGAAGGACAAGAACACUUUCUCCAUUCUUAGCGAAGUGAUACAAACGGGGGUUCACAUGACCCUCUUUGCAACCCACUCUUUGCCUCGAUUGUGGAAGUAUUGUUCACAAAUCAUAGAAAAACACUCUUUUAUGAAUUCCAUACCGGCAGAAUUGCAAACAACUCUGUUGUUUUCCUCUGUACUGUUUUUAGGAAAUAAGCUCAUCUCCUUGCCCUUUCGUAUUUACAAUACAUUCGUAUUGGAACAAAGAUAUGGUUUUAACAAAACCACAGGGAAGCUUUUUGUGAAGGAUCUCGUUACUGGAACGUUGAUUUCUGCAGUGAUUGGAUAUCCUUCCUUAAUGGGACUGUGGUACGUCCUGGAACUGAGUGGACAAAAACUGUGGCUUUAUUUUUGGCUGUUCACAAGUUCAUUAAGUAUUUUAUUGGCUUUAUUAUACCCUCCUUUGAUAAUGCCUUUGUUCAACAAAUUUCAACCGUUGCAAGAUCAAAAGUUACGUCAAGAGAUUGAAGAGCUUGCUACACAGGUAGGAUUUCCUCUGAAUAAGAUAUAUGUGAUGGAUGGUUCGAAGAGAUCUUCACAUAGUAAUGCUUUUAUGUAUGGUAUCUGGAAGAAAGGGAUCGUCCUUUACGAUUCAUUAUUAGAACAGAACAAGGAUCAUGACGAGAGAAUUCUCGCAGUGUUGGCUCAUGAAAUGGGUCAUUGGAAAAUGAAGCAUACUCAGAAAAUGCUUCUUAUUGGACUUUUACAUAGCUUAGUACUUUCAUGGUCGUAUGGCAAGACGGCAAACAAUGAGUCGAUUUAUCGCUCCUUUGGAUUUGAUACAAAAGCACAUAUCAUUGGUCUUCUUCUCUUUAGUGAGCUACUUACUCCGUUAGAUAGUGUGCUUAGCUUGAUCAUGAACUUUAUUAGCAGAAGAUUUGAAUAUUCAGCAGAUGAUUAUGCAAGAAAUAUGGGAUAUUCAUCUUAUCUUAUCGAGGCUCUCGUAACGCUCCAUUUAGAAAAUUUGUCAACAAUGCAUCCAGACCCACUGUAUUCUCUUUAUCAUAAUAGCCAUCCUACGCUGACAGAACGUAUUCAUGCUCUCGAAAAGGAUGAUUCCGAAACGAAAAAGAAUCAAUAAAAUUGGAUUCCUUUAAACUCAAGUUGAAGAAUAUUGUCUAUGAUUAGGUUGAGACAUUGAAAUCUC